UCUUUUGCUCGUUGCUCUUUCCAUUUCGAGUUUCCACUGUAUUUUAGUCGGUAGACGUGUACGGCUUCGAAGAAAUAUCAAAAAUUUGUGCUUUCUUGAGAUUUUAUUAUACUGCAUUUAGCCUAAUUAAUCGCACAAAAUGACCAGGUUAUCGUACGCCGUAGCUCUAAUAGGACUAUUUGCUUUGAGCCAUGUAAUAGUGGCGAACGAAGAAAAUACUGCUCGCUUGCUGGUUUCGAAACAGAUUUUGAAUAAAUAUCUGGUAGAAAAUCGAGACAUUGUCGUUAAGUACACCUUGUACAAUGUAGGAUCUGGAGCAGCCGUAAAUGUUCAGUUAGUGGAUAAUGGAUUCCAUCCGGAAGCAUUCGCCGUUAUUGGUGGACAGUUGACGGCGACGAUAGAUCGUAUUGCCCCGCAAACUAAUGUGACUCACAUUGCCGUUGUGCGACCAAAGGCCUACGGUUACUUCAACUUCACUGCCGCGGAAGUCAACUAUCAGCCCACAGAGGAAGCAACUAAUCUGCAGUUUGCCGUGAGCUCGGAACCGGGUGAGGGUGCCAUCGUGGCGGAGGCUCAAUUCAACAAACAAUUUUCGUCCCAUUACUUGGAUUGGUUUGCCUUUGCCAUUAUGACUCUACCGUCCUUGGCCAUUCCCUAUGCGCUGUGGUACAGCUCGAAAACGAAGUACGAACUGUUGGCCACCAAACCAACGAAGAAAGCAAACUAACCAUGGGUGGUUAGUAGCAGCUAGUUUCGGGGCAGAUUUUUACUGCUUCGCUCUGUACCUACUAUCUGAGGGGAACAGAAGAGUUUUUUCUGUGAAAGACUAAUUUAUUCAUCGUAAGGACGCAUUUUUGUUCAGUUUUCAUCGUCGAUAUGAAUAGAACAUUUUUCACCAGUUGUUUGCUUUUACAAGUGAUAUUGUUUCGUUUUGACAUGUCAUUGGUAAAUAAAAAGAAGGAGAAACAAAAGCUGAA